AUGAAUCUCUUGCUUCAAUCUGAUCAGACCUUGGCUUCCCUGGGAAGGAAUUAUGAUGAUGCUACAAUCCCCUAUAUGGCCUACCUGAAAUCCAAUUCCCCAUUCUGUAUGGGGACUCUCAUUCUCUCCCAGUGGGUGAUAACAGCAGCUCACUGCAACAUACCGUCUGAGAUCAGGCUGGGAGUUCUUCAACCCAAUGUAAAGGAAAAGAGACAGCAGAUCCGGAAUUGCUUAGUCAGCAUCAAGCACCCUGACUUCAACUUCAAAAACCUGGACAACAACCUCAUGCUGAUUAAGUUAAAUAAGCCUGCCAAUCUCAACAAACAUGUGGGCACGGUGGCCCUGGCUGUGGCUCCUUCUGAAACUAAAAGGUGUUUCAUCCCUGGAUGGAUUUGGACACAAUGGAAUAACUCAAGUGACCCAGAUAUCCUGAGCUGGGUAAUCCAUGACAUUCUCCCUGAUGAGGAAUGUGCCAAAAUGCUUCCAGAAAAAAUGUCAGCAAAUAAAAUGUGUGUGGGACUCUACGAUGAUUUCAUAAGCCCAUGCCAGGAAAUCGCAGCCGUUCCAGCCAUAUGUGAUGGAAGGAUCCAUGGGAUUUUGACCAUGUCAUAUGGGUGUGUUCUGCAGGGAAGUGGUGGGCUCUUUACCAAAGUUCACAAAUACAGGGAAUGGAUCCAAAAUGUCACUUCUUCCUUUUAA